AUGAGGAGUGUCAUGCCAGGUUUAGUUAGAGAAUCGCAGAGUGCCUUUGUGAAGGGGAGGAGGAUAUAUCAUGGAGCUUUAAUCGCAUGUGAAACAGUGCAAUGGUUGAAACUAAAAAAGAAGGCAUCGGCAAUUAUUAAACUGGACUUUCAGAAAGUCUAUGAUAGAGUUAAAUGGUGCUUUAUUGAUACCGUGCUAGAGAAAAUGGGUUUCGGUAGAACAUGGAGGUCAUGGGUUAGGGAGUGUGUCAGAACGGCUUCUAUUUCUAUUCUGAUUAAUGGGUCUCCAUCGAAACCCUUCAAAAUGGAAAGGGGGCUUCGUCAAGGUGAUCUGCUAUUACCGUUCUUGUUUGUCUUGGUGGUAGAUGUGCUUAACAGGAUGAUCGGGGAGGCGGUAAGAAACGGUCAAAUCUCUCCAUUCCUAGUUGGUCAGGAUAAUAUAGAGCUAUCACAUUUACAAUUUGCUGAUGACACUAUAUUAUCUGUCCGCCGGAUGAGGAGACAUGAAUUGCAGACAGGAGUGGGUUACCCGAAUGUGUCAGCUGUUGGGUUGCCAGAAGGCGGCCCUGCCGGUGAGGUAUCUUGGCAUCAGUCUAGGAGCGAACCCGAGGCUGGUAAAGACUUGGAAGCCGGUCAUAGACAAGGUGGAAGAGAAACUCAGCUUGUGAAAAGCAAAAGCCCUUAG